UUCGGAUCCUGAUAAUCUUUCAGGCAUCCGCAACCGCUGACAUCCCUAAUCGACGCGCCAAAACGCCCCCCCUCUCUCUCUCUCUCUCUCCUUCGCCAUUGUCAUCGUCGUGUUCCCAAAUGUCGAAGAAAAGAGGGCUUUCAUUGGAGGAGAAACGUGAACAAAUGCUUCAAAUAUUUUAUGAGUCUCAGGACUUCUUUCUCCUAAAAGAGUUGGAGAAACUGGGGCCCAAGAAAGGUGUGAUUAGCCAGUCUGUCAAGGAUGUUGUCCAGAGUUUAGUGGAUGAUGACCUUGUUUUGAAGGAUAAAAUAGGCACUUCUGUCUAUUUUUGGAGUCUUCCUAGUUGUGCUGGAAAUCAGUUGAGGAGCGCUCGCAACAAGCUGGAAUCUGAUCUUUCCAGCAGUAGGAAGAGAUUCAAGGAACUCAUUGAACAGAGGGACAACUUGAAGAAAGGCAGGGAGGAAUCUGAUGAGAGAGUGGCUGCCUUGGAAGAGCUAAAGGCUGUUGAAUUACAACAUAAGAAGUUGAACGAAGAACUGGCCUGCUAUGCUGACAAUGACCCUGCCGCACUAGAAGCACUGAAAAAUGCAAUCGAGAUUGCCCAUUCGGCGGCUAACAGAUGGACAGACAACGUUUUCACCCUACAGCAAUGGUGUUCAACCACCUUUCCGCAAGCUAAAGAGCAACUUGACAACAUGUACAAGGAGGCAGGCCUAACUGAAGAUUUUGAGUAUCUACAGUAAUGGAUGGUCUACAUAAACUCCACAGAGAAAGGCUUAGCUACUCAGAUAUGUGUCUUCCAGCUUCUCCUGUAAAUAAGCGGAUGUAUGCUUUGCUAUGCCCACUCUGCAUUGAAAAUCUAUUUUCCUUCACUUGUGAUUUGCAGUGAAAAUACCAUCUGCUGAGUUAGCCAUGUCAUUUCCUUUCCUUUCCUGUUUUGAAACUCUGCGGUAUCGAAGCACGCCUUUCGUUUAAAUCUUUGAGACUCAUGAUCUGGUAUAUUUGAACUCUCUGGAUUUUAAAUUUUAUAAUUUUUCGGCAA